AUGAGCAGGCACACGUGGUUCCCUCUGCAGUACAUCUCCAAGCCCUUCUGGAGAGCAGAGAAUCACACCGGCACCAGCUUCCUCUCCGCACGGUACAGCUUCCCAAAUCAGUCCUUCUUCCACAGUGAUUUGGACCUGGAGGACUUGGGAGACUUUGACAGUGAGACGAAAUACGAGGGCGAAUCCCAGAGCAGGACGGUGCAGGCGCUGCUGAUCAUAGCUUACUCAGUGAUCAUCUGCAUCUCACUCUUUGGAAACACCCUGGUGUGCCAUGUGGUGAUCAAGAACAAGAGGAUGCACUCUGCCACCAGCCUCUUCAUCAUCAACCUGGCCGUGGCCGAUGUGAUGAUCACUGUCCUCAACACCCCCUUCACGCUGGUGCGGUUUGUAAGCAGCACGUGGGUCUUUGGAAAGCUGAUGUGUCACAUCAGCCGGUUUGUGCAGUACUGUUCUGUCCAUGUGUCUGUACUGACCCUCGCUGCCAUCGCUCUGGAUCGUCACCAGGUUAUCAUGCACCCUCUCAAGCCGCGCAUGUCCAUGGUGAAAGGAGGGAUUUGCAUCAUUAUCAUCUGGGUUAUGGCCAGCUGCUUCUCACUGCCUCAUGCCAUCUAUCAGACCUUGACAAGGUUUUACAUCGGGAACAGAACAAUACGAACGGUUUGCCUCCCCAGCUUCCCUCCUCCUGCUGACCUUUUCUGGAAGUAUUUGGACUUGACUACAUUUGUUCUCCUGUAUGUUCUGCCCUUGCUUGUGAUCUCCAUUACCUAUACCAUCGUGGCUAAGAAGCUCUGGCUGAGAAAUGCCAUUGGAGACAUCACUAUGGAGCAGUACUACGCCCAUCAGAGGAAGAAGAAGAUGACGCUGAAGAUGCUGAUGGUGGUGGUGAUUGUGUUUGCAGUCUGCUGGUUUCCCCUGAACUGCUACGUGGUGCUGAUCUCCUGCAGGGCCAUCCACAGCAGCAAUGCUCUGUACUUUGCUUUCCACUGGUUUGCCAUGAGCAGCACUUGCUACAAUCCCUUCAUUUACUGUUGGCUGAACGAGAAUUUCAGGUCUGAGCUGAAGUCCCUGCUGUGUGCAUGCCAGCGGAGGAGCGCAGCACAGAGCCAUGCCCUGCAGUCCAUCUCCCCUCCAUUCAGGCCCACUUGGCUCGAGAGCUGCCAGUACAAGAGAGGCAGCACCUGCCAGAAAACGGCAUCAUCCCAAAGGAAUUCUGCCAAGACAGACAUAUCCAGCGUUCGGCCAAUUGUGGCAGAGCACUGA